AAAGCACGCCUGGCUCUAUCAGCUGAGAGGAAACCAACAGAAAGAAAAUAUACACAGGCCAGCGAGCAGCGAGGCUCAGAGAGGAGGAGCUUGUCCACAGGACAGAGCGAAAUGGGAGGAGAGGAAAGAGGGGAAUGCUAGCACAUGAAGUGGCUUUUGUAUCCAAGAUAUUUUGGAGGGGCGCGAAUGAGAGAAAGGAAGAAAACAGGGAGUGAAAAGGAGGGGGGUGGCUCCAGCCCAGAGAAAAGGAGAAGAGGGGGGAGUCCUGAUGGGUCUUCUGAUUUGUGAAUGUGUGUGAGACGAAGGGAGGAGAGGUAGCAGCACAAAAACAACACUUAGAAAAGAGGAGGUGUAGCUACCAGGCCUGAACAAACCAGCUGCAGAGAGGGAAUAACUUUGGCAAGAGCUUCGUGCUUACAGAGUGUCAUUCUCAACGCUGUUUAUGCAGGAGGAAGGAAGAGGAGGUUACAGCGACCUGAGCACAACCUGAUCCACCAGGGACACCAAGUCACCAAAGAAACAAACUACCAACUCACCGAGGAACAUCCACUUUGCUCUAAAAAGGUGUUUCUGGGUGUAAUGCCCCUGUCAUGAUGUGGCAGUCAUGUGGAAGCACAGCUCCAGGUGAAGAGGAAGGGCGAGCCUGGUUGUCAGCCAUUAAAAUAGGAAUUCCCUUCAGACUUUCCUCCAACAAUAGCUCCGAGACAGAUCCUCUCAGGGGCCAUCACUGACACACUGCCUCAUUGUUCCUGUGUUCAUUUCUUCCACUCCGGCUUCCCCUGGAGCUGACUGGUUUCCCUGUCGCCUAUCUUGGGAUGUUGGUGUUGUUCCUUGGCUGUUGCCGUGGAGAUCAAUGGACUCUUUUAAUAGACCAUUUCAGAAACAAUCUCCAGAUGUUGUGUGAAGUUAGGCCAGGACAGGCGCUGAGGUGUGGUGUUGUUCAACUUCCUUCACAUCAGAUGACUACAUCACCACAGAAACGGUAGAUCUCCAACUUCCUGUGGCUCAGUGCUCUGAGUGUUUUGGCUUCUUGCACAAAACCUAGUUUCCUGUGGAAUAACCAUGAGGCACAUCCAUGUGGAGUUGGCCCACAAAAAGCCCCCAUUAGAGCUUCCAGCCCACGAGGGGGACCUGCCCCCUCCCACAGCCCCCACUCAGGGCAUAGACCCUGGGCUCAGACCUGGGGCUCCCAGGCACUAUGGUCAGGAAGAGCUUCGACUCCAAAAGGUAUACCAGCUCUCCAUUUUCUCCCAGCUGGGAGGAUUUUCUACCUCCACAGAAGCCCACAGCGAUCCACAAGCAAGGCCUGUCCGAAUGGGGGUCAAGAGGGGCCUGGAAGACCCCCAUUUGACUCACAAGCGCCCCCAUCUGGCUGACUGCACUGAUGCAGAGGGGCCUGAAGAUGCCCCUCUCUGUGGCCCCGCCCCCGGCUGGGGCUCUGUCUAUCCUUGCACUCAAAUGGAGCACAGAGACUCUGAAGGGGGGCGAUCUCCCAGGUCUCCCCCGAUGUCACCCAGCCAUAACCCCUCUCGCCGGGUCACGCAGCACCAUGACAGAGCUGAUACUUUUACUCCUCUCUCCCCCAAACCUCCCCCCACGUGUGACCAAGGCCUUUCAUUUGGGAACUCCAGAACUGAGACCACGAACGGGGCUCGCACCCCUUCAGUGUCGCUCGGCAGCCCCGGGCACGAGAGCAGCAGUAAUGGUGGUGCUCAGCCUAGUCCAUAUCCAUAUGAUAUGUCCACAUACGAAAGUCCCAGUCCAGCCAGUCCCACCAGCCCCCCAGGCCCCUUCUCCCCCCCUCACCACACAGAGCUGCAGGAGCCAGGCGAAGCCACCGAGUGGGACGUGGGACUGGAGUCGUCUCCACCCGAGCGCAGUGCCACGCAGACCGCCUCCUACUCCAAGGGCUUUCCCUCCUCAGAGAAGACCCCCAGCAACGGUCACCGCUGGUCCAAUGGAGGACAUCACCCUGUUAAAAAGAGGCUGCUGUCGCCGGGUGACACCGCUGAGUCCUGCUCAGAAGACGAGGGACCCUCCACCUCCAAGAGGAGCAGGCUGUCUCUGCUCACUCAAGGCUUAGGCCUGGACUCCUGUCGUAGCACUGACUCUAAAGCUGCCCCCUACUGGAACCACCUGCUGCCCUCAGCGCGGGAUCGGCCCAAGGCAGCUACAGACUGCACACGACAUGGAAGAAGGAUAAAGAAUGGAAUUAGACUGAAAAGCCGCCAGCUCCGCAGUGGCAGACAUGCAGACUUUGGACGCUCCACCCGCUCCAGUGGGCUGAGUGCCUCCAUCAGCAGAUCACUACUGGGCAACUUUGAGGAGUCCAUGUUAAAGGGGCGCUUCUCCCCUUCGGGCUGCAUCGAAGGCUUCACAGCGGAAAUCGGUGCCAGCGGCUCCUACUGUCCACAGCAUGUCACUUUGCCUGUCCAGGUCACUUACUACGACAUCUCUGAGCACAGCGCGCCCUCACCCUUUCUGGGGGUAGUAUCCCUGGAGCCUCUGGGAAAGAAAGGAUACAGCAUACCCAAAGCAGGGACCAUUCAAGUGACCUUAUUUAAUCCAAACAAAACUGUGGUGAAGAUGUUCCUGGUGACCUAUAACUUCAGUGACAUGCCGAUCAAUCACAUGACCUUCCUACGGCACCGGAUCUUCCUGAUGCCGGUGGAGGAGGGGGCUGAGGGCAAAGGAGAGUCGUCACCUGCAGUGGGAGCCACCGGGAGGAAAAUCCUCUGCUACCUAAUACAUCUCAGAUUCCAGAGCUCCAAAUCUGGGAAGAUCUACUUGCACAAUGAUAUCCGGCUGCUAUUCUCCCGAAAAUCCAUCGAGGUGGACACAGGGAUUCCUUAUGAGCUGAAAUCUUUCACCGAGGUGCCAAAAAACCCCAAAUACUCGCCCCGUGUUUGACCUCAGCUUGACCUUUGAACUCCCAGCAUCAGCCACAAGAGAAAUGAAUGGACCGGACGGACUCGAUCGGUUUGAUAAAGACGUUAUAAGAUGAACACAGCAAGACACAAGAGCACAGAGAAAGUUUACCGCUGUGAAAGUCCCCUUGUAUCGCUUUUGCUCAAGACCAUCAAAAGAAUCUUCCAUUAAAAGAGUCCAAAAGGGGACCUCACAAAAAAAGUUCACCUGUAAAGAAACGAAAAAAAAAGAAUGCAGAGAAGAGACUUGUGAAGCCUCUUGCACAGCACAUAUGAAACACAAAAGAUGGAACUGGUGACCCUUCCGUUCAGUGUUAACAUGCAUGCCUUGUGACUUUAAACACCUGGAUUUCCUCUAGUGCCGUACCACACUGUCCUUCAGUCUGCCUGCUCACACGCACACACAC